AUGGCGUCUCCGCCUCCGCCCGCCUUUAUACGCACAGUGCCCAGGCCACGCCCCCCAACGCCGCGGGAACGCGGCCGCACGAGGGAGUGGGGCCUUCAAGAAGCCCAGGCGCGCCCGCCCCUCUCGGCGUCUGAUUGGCAGAAGGCUCCCCGUCGUAGCUCUGCGGGCGCGCGGAGGGGGCGGGGCCGGCGUGGCGUCGGGAACGCGCGCCGCGCGCCGCGACGCGGCCCGCCCCGCCCCGCCCCGCCCCGCCUCUCCCCGCAGCCGGGCCUGGGGGCCGGGGCGUGUCGCUGUGCCCGCUUUCGGGGGACUGGCGGUGGCUACGUCUCCGCGAAGCUGGAGCUGAGGCUCAAGUCGCCCGUGGGGGCUGAGCCCGCCGUCUACCCGUGGCCGCUGCCGGUCUACGACAAACACCACGAUGCUGCUCAUGAAAUCAUCGAGACCAUCCGGUGGGUCUGUGAAGAAAUCCCAGAUCUCAAGCUCGCUAUGGAGAAUUAUGUUUUAAUCGACUACGACACCAAAAGCUUCGAAAGCAUGCAGAGGCUCUGUGACAAGUACAACCGGGCCAUCGACAGCAUCCACCAGCUGUGGAAGGGCACCACGCAGCCCAUGAAGCUGAACACGCGGCCGUCCACGGGCCUCCUGCGCCACAUCCUGCAGCAGGUCUACAACCACUCGGUGACCGACCCCGAGAAACUCAACAACUAUGAGCCCUUCUCCCCGGAGGUGUACGGGGAGACUUCCUUCGACCUGGUCGCCCAGAUGAUCGACGAGAUCAAGAUGACCGAGGACGACCUGUUUGUGGACCUGGGUAGCGGAGUGGGCCAGGUUGUGCUGCAGGUCGCUGCGGCUACCAACUGCAAACAUCACUAUGGUGUCGAGAAAGCUGACAUCCCGGCCAAGUACGCGGAGACCAUGGACCGAGAGUUCAGGAAGUGGAUGAAAUGGUAUGGAAAAAAGCAUGCAGAAUACACACUGGAGAGAGGAGAUUUCCUCUCGGAAGAGUGGAGAGAGCGGAUCGCUAACACGAGUGUUAUAUUUGUGAAUAACUUUGCCUUUGGUCCUGAGGUGGAUCACCAGCUGAAGGAGCGGUUUGCAAACAUGAAGGAAGGUGGCAGAAUUGUGUCCUCGAAGCCCUUUGCACCUCUGAACUUCAGAAUAAACAGUAGAAACUUGAGUGACAUCGGCACCAUCAUGCGCGUCGUGGAGCUGUCGCCGCUAAAAGGCUCGGUGUCGUGGACGGGGAAGCCGGUGUCUUACUACCUGCACACCAUCGACCGCACCAUACUUGAAAACUAUUUUUCUAGUCUGAAAAAUCCAAAACUCAGGGAGGAACAAGAGGCAGCUCGGCGCCGGCAGCAGCGGGAGAACAAGAGCAAUACGACCACCCCCACCAAGCUGCCCGAGAGCAAGGCGGCCAUGCCCGCCGACACCCCCAUGGACUCUGGUGCUGAGGAAGAGAAAGCCGGGGCGACCACUGUCAAGAAGCCAUCUCCCUCCAAGGCCCGGAAGAAGAAGCUGAACAAGAAGGGCCGGAAGAUGGCCGGCCGGAAGCGCGGACGCCCCAAGAAGAUGAGCACCGCCAACCCUGAGCGCAAGCCCAAGAAGACCCAGAGCGCGCUGGACCUGCUGCACGCCCAGACCGUGUCGCGGGCGGCGUCACCCUCGCCGCAGGUAGAAUCCUUCAAGAUUCAGUACCUACAGUUCCUGGCGUACACAAAGACCCCUCAGUACAAGGCCAACCUGCAGCAGCUGCUGGACCAGGAGAAGGAGAAGAACGCCCGGUUGCUGGGUGCCGCGCAGCAGCUGCUCGGCCACUGCCGAGCUCAGAGGGAGGAGACCAGGAGGCUCUUCCAGCAGAAACUCGAUGAGCUGGGAGUGAAGGCGCUGACCUACAACGACCUGAUCCAAGCGCAGAAGGAGAUCUCGGCUCACAACCAGCAGCUGAGGGAGCAGACGGAGCAGCUGGAGAAGGGCAACCGGGAGCUGAGGAGCCAGAGCCUGCGGCUGCUCAAGGCACGGUGCGAGGAGCUGAAGCUGGACUGGUCCACGCUGUCCCUGGAGGGCCUGCUGAAGGAGAAGCAGGCCCUGAAGAGCCAGAUCUCGGAGAAGCAGAGGCACUGCCUGGAGCUGCAGAUCAGCAUUGUGGAGCUGGAGAAGAGCCAGCGACAGCAGGAGCUCCUGCAGCUCAAGUCCUGCGUGCCGCCCGACGACGCCCUGUCUCUGCACCUGCGCGGGAAGGGUGGCCUGGGCCGAGAGCCAGAGGCCGAGCCCGGCCGGCCACACCUGGAGCUGGACUGCGCCAGGUUCUCCCUACCCCACUUGAGCAACAUGAGCCCGGAGCUGUCCAUGAACGGCCACGCGGCCAGCUAUGAGCUCUGCGGCGCACUGAGCCGGCCCUCACCCAAGCAGAACACCCCCCAGUACCUGGCCUCCCCCCUGGACCAGGAGGUCGUGCCCUGCACCCCGAACCACAGUGGCCGGCCGAGGCUCGAGAAGUUGUCCGGCCUGGCCCUGCCCGACUACACCAGGCUCUCCCCGGCCAAGCUGGUGCUGCGGCGCCACCUGAGCCAGGACCACACAGCCAACAGCAGGGCGACCGCCAGCGAGCUGCACCCACGAGCUGAACAUGCCAAGGAGAACGGCCUCCCGUACCAGAGCCCCGGCAUCGCCAACGGCAUCAAACUGAGCCCACAGGACCCUCGGCCCUCGUCCCCUGCGGCCUUGCAGAUGACGGGAGAGAAGGGCAGUGAGAAGGGUUUGAAGGAGCGCACCUACGCCAGCAGUGGGGAGGCCAUCACCAGCCUGCCCGUCAGCAUCCCGCUCAGCACCGUGCAGCCUAGCAAGCUGCCAGUCAGCAUCCCCCUGGCCAGCGUUGUGCUGCCCAGCCGCGCCGAGAAGGUGAGAAGCACCCCCAGCCCCGUGCCGCAGGCCCGAGAGUCCUUGUCCACACUGGAGAAGCAGAUGGGUGCUGGCACCCACGGCUCCGGGGGCAGCGCUGCUGGGAGCAGAAGCCUCACCCUGGCCCCUGCAGGCUUUGCCUACGCCGGCUCAGUGGCCAUCAGUGGGGCCCUGGCAGGGAGCCCGGUACCGCUCGUCUCUGGAGCUGAGCCCCCCGCCCUGGAUGAGUCCUCGAGCUCCGGAAGCCUCUUUGCCACUGUGGGGUCCCGCAGCUCCACCCCUCAGCAUCCCCCCCUGCUGGCACAGCCCCGCAACUGCGGCUCGGCCUCGCCCACCCCCCAGCUCUGCGCCAGUCCCAGGCUCGGCGCCCAGGGCCCGCUCCCCGACACCAGCAAAGGAGACCUGCCCUCUGAGGCCGGCUUCUCGGAUCCCGAGAGUGAAGCCAAGAGAAGGAUCGUCUUCACCAUCUCGGCCGGCUCUAGCAGCGCCAAGCAGUCACCUUCCAGCAAGCACAGCCCUCUGUCCUCGGGUGCCCGCGGUGAUGGCGGCCAGAGCCACGGGCAGGACAGCCGCAAGAGGGGCAGGAGGAAGCGGGCGGCGGCGGGGACCCCCGGCCUCAGCUCGGGCGUGUCCCCCAAGCGCCGGGCCCUGCCGUCCGUCGCCGGCCUCUUCACGCAGUCUUCAGGGUCCCCCCUGAACCUCAACUCCAUGGUCAGCAACAUCAACCAGCCCUUGGAAAUCACGGCCAUCUCGUCCCCCGAGAGCUCCCUGAAGAGCUCGCCUGUCCCUUACCAGGACAACGACCAGCCGCCCGUGCUCAAGAAGGAGAAGCCCCUGAGCCAGACCAACGGGGCCCACUAUUCCCCGCUGACCUCAGAUGAGGAGCAGGGCUCUGAGGACGAGCCCGGCAGUGCCAGAAUUGAAAGAAAAAUUGCAACAAUCUCCUUAGAAAGCAAAUCUCCUCCGAAAACCUUGGAAAAUGGGGGCGGCCUGGCGGGAAGGAAGGUGCUGGCCAGCGAGCCGGUCAACAGCAGCAAGUGGAAGUCCACCUUCUCGCCCAUCUCCGACCUCGGCCUGGCCAAGGCAGCCGACAGCCCGCUGCAGGCCGCCUCCGCUCUGAGCCACAACUCCCUGUUCGCUUUCCGGCCCGGCCUGGAGGAACCUGGCGCGGCUGAUGCCAAGCUGGCUGCCCACCCCAGGAAGAGCUUCCCAGGCGCGCUGCCGGGGGCGGGCGGGCUGAGCCCCAGCAGCCAUCCCGCCAGCAGCUUCGCCCUGGGCGGGGGCCUGGCGGCCGACCUCAGUUUACACAGCUUCAGCGAUGGUGCUUCUCUCUCCCACAAGGCCCCCGAGGUGGCCGGCCUGGGCACCCCCCUGAGCUUUCCCGGCCCGCGGGGCAAGGAGGGCGGCGCCGCAGAGCCCGGCCCCUUCGUGAACAAGAGGCAGCUGGACGGACUGGCCCCGAAGGGCGAGGGGGGCCCACCUGUGUGUGGGCCCGCGGACAAGGCCUCAGCGACGCACGGCAAGGCGGGCAAGGGCCGUGAUCGCGAGCCCGACGUCAAGAACGGCCACAACCUCUUCAUGGCUGCCGCGGCUGCUGCCGCCGCCGCCGCCGCCGCCGCCCCCCCCUCCGGGGGCCUCCUCAGCGGCCCGGGCCUUGCCCCGGCAGUGUCCUCGGCAGGGGGCACGGCCCCGUCCGCCCAGACCCACCGCCCCUUCCUGGGCGCCUUCGCCCCCGGCCCGCAGUUCGCACUGGGCCCCAUGUCCCUGCAGGCCAACCUGGGCCCGUCCGUGCUGCAGUCCCUGUUCAGCUCCGUGCCCGCCGCCGGCCUGGUGCACGUCUCAACCGCCGCCCCCAGACUGACCAACUCGCACGCCAUGGGCAGCUUCUCCUCCGGGGUGGCCGGCGGUGCAGUCGGAGGUGCCUUUAACCACGCGGUGCCUCCCGCCUCCGCUCAUCCGUUUGGAGCCAGUUUCGGCAGUGGGGCUGCAUGUCGCAGCGCCACGCUGAGCCUAACCCCGCUGCAGGCGGUGGCCAGCCCCCCCGCCUCUUCCUUUCAGGCCCCGCCCCCUGCGGAGCCGAGGCCGCCCCCGCCCCCUCCGCACCUGGGCCGGCCCCCUCCGGGGCCGCCCGCCCUCCACGCCCCGCCCCCUCCUAACGCCGCCUUGCCUCCGCCCCCCGCGCUGCUCCCGGCUAACUCUGAGCCCGUGCUCCUGCAGAACCUCGCGUCCCUCCCAGCUAACCAAGCUUUCUUACCUGCCGCCUCUGCUGCCUCUGUGCCGCCUGCUAACGCCUCUCUGUCCAUCAAGCUCGCCUCACUUCCGCACAAGGUGUCCCGCCCCUCCUUCACGGUGCACCACCCGCCCCUGCCCGGGCUGGCCCUGGCCCAGGCCGCGCCCGUGAUCCCGCAGGCCAGCUCCACGGGGCCGCCCGCCGUGUGGGUUUCCCUUGGCAUGCCACCUCCGUAUGCCGCGCGCCUUGCGGGGGUUAAGCCGCGAUAA